GAACAUCCCUAUUGUAUUGUAUCCUGGUCAUCAAUCUUGACGGAAAGCCUCGUUUUCGAAAGUCGAUCGAUCGAGAAAAAUAAUUUGAUGUUAUGUCCUUUCCCAGUCACCGUACGAUUCAGUGUUGGUGUUUGUGAAUAUAGAAAUGUUCAAUUGGCUCAGCUUAUGUUUGCCAAUUGUGCGUCUCAACAACUAUAAUUAGAUUUGACGCACUGUUGCACAACAUCCGUCAAUACACAAACAAACACACACGCCUACGUGGGUUGUCAGAUGUCAGAUAACAGCGAGUCCUAAGUACAGUUUACAUGAGAGACAAAUUACUGUUCUGCAACUAGACGAGUCUGAAGAAGAAAACCAUUUGGAGACAUAAGAACCUUUUUCUACAAAAAAAGCAUAACGAACCAAUACGAUGGCUGACGAAGUGACUUUGCCGCAAACUUGUCAAAUAUCUUCAGAUCAGGUUGUGAAUGAUGAAGGGGGGUUCGUUUGGACAGUCGAUGACAUGGUCAGAGUAAAGAGAUUCCUGUGCUUAGGAUCCGAGGGAGGAACCUACUAUUCUAGUGAGCAGAAGUUGACGGAAGACAACGUGCAAUGCAUCAGACGUCUCAUAGCAGACGGCAAGGGUAAAGACGUUGUUGACGUCAUUUGUCAGUUCAGCUUAGAAGGCAGAACCGCGAAGCAGACGUCGAUCCUGUACGCGUUGGCGGUGUGUGUAAGACGCGGGGAUCUGGAUACGAAGCAGCACGCGUACAGCGUGCUCGGUAAGAUAUGUCGGAUCCCCACUCACCUGUUUCAGUUCGUUGAAGUGUGUGAUAAGAUGGGAGAGACCACAGGGUGGGGGCGAGCUCACCGCAAGGCGGUGUCUGCCUGGUACACGAGCUUUGCGUCCGACCCGAUUAGGCUGGCCAUGCACGUCACCAAGUACAGAAAGAGAAACGACUGGGCGCACCGAGAUCUCUUGCGUCUGGCUCACACGAAGCCAAGCGACGACGCUAUAGGACUGAUACUGCGCUACGUCGUCAAAGGAAUACACAAGGCCAAGAGCAUGUACUGCAAAAACCAUGACGAGGACGACGACCAGUCGCCGUUUGGCAAAGUGCUAGCCUUUUUGGAAGCUGUGGAAGAAGUGCGAACAUCAUCGGAUGAAAAUCGAGUUAUGGAUCUGAUCAAACAACACAGACUUGUGAGGGAACACAUGCCCACGGAGCUGUUGGGUUCUGUCGGACUGUGGCGGGUGCUUCUCGAGCAGAUGCCUCUUACGGCGCUAAUCAGAAAUCUCGGCAAAAUGACGAGCAUUGGUGCUAUCGAAGCUGGUAACCAGCAAGAAGGGCAGGUUGUCAAGAAACUUUCAGACAAAACUCUUCUGAAAGCUGCUCGCAUACACCCAUUUAACGUUCUCGUGGCGUUCAAGACGUACAGCUCGGGGAAAGGAGACCGAGGCAAACUGAUAUGGAACCCCACUAAGAAGAUCAUUGCUGCGCUAGACUCGGCGUUUUACCUGUCGUUCAAGUUCGUGGAGCCGACGAACAAACGCUACCUGCUGGCUGUGGAUGUCAGUGGCUCGAUGGGCUGUUCAGUCUUGGGGACUAGGAUCAUCAGCUGUCGCGAGGCCGCCGCUGCCAUGAUGAUGGUGACGAAGCGAACCGAGGAGCACAGCGAGGUAGUUGCCUUCAGCCACAAACUGACACCUCUCAAUGUGGCACAGGGUCACACGCUGGACGCGGUUGUCAAGACAAUGUGUUCACUUCCGUUCUGCGCCACCGACUGUUCCCUCCCCAUGGUUUGGGCGAAACGGAACAACAAGAAGUUUGACGUGUUCGUCGUGUACACGGACAGCGAGACGUACGCCGGCGCCGUUCAUCCGACGGAAGCUCUACGUCAGUACCGGAAGCAGAGUGGAGUAUGGGAUGCGCGUCUCAUAGUGUGCGGGAUGAACAGUAACGGCUUCACAAUCGCCGACCCCGAUGACCCCGGAAUGAUGGACGUCGUCGGCUUUGACUCGGCGGCACCGGAGACAAUGAGGAGUUUUAUCAUGGGAGACAUUUAAUAAGUGUUUCAUAUCCCUUUGUCUGAGCAUUUCCUGAGUAGAAAACUAUUAGUUCUAUGGAUAUGUCAAUUCUAAAACAAAAUGAGUGAAAAUCAAAGAAAAACAAAACCGCAAGAAAUAACACUGACGCAUCUAAAGUGAAGCUUUAACAUAACAUAAUAGAUUUUAUAUAGGCAAGAAAGCAAGAAAACAAAAAUCGACAGUCCUAGAUGUAGAUAUGUCAUCCAUUUGUGAAUGUACUCCCAAGAAAUCUACUAGUAGGCGUUGUGAUUACACGAACUAGCUACAUGUACAGACAUUGUGGUCGCACAAACUAGAUAUUGUGAUUGCACAAUUUAGAUAUUGUGAUUGCACAAACUAGAUAUUUUUAUUUCACAAACUAAACUUGAUUGCACGAACUAGACGUUGUAACUUGAAGUCUUUACAAACUAGACGUGCCUUCGGUAUGAGCAGCCUGGUGAAUGUGCUUUGUUUCAUUUGUUUUCAUUAAUAAUACACCCAUCUUCCAUUUUAUUCGCAUUUCCAGUCACUUUCUUUAUUUUUCUUUAAACGUAUUGUUUUAUUCAAAACAUUGAUUCACAGGCUUCAAAUACUCAAGCAGAACCUGUUAUCGGGUGUAUAACAGCUAUUAACGUGUAUUAACGUGAAUUAAAGACGAAAAAGGCCCUUUAACUUAUUCACAAGGGGCAUGGAAUUUAAGAAAUUAAUUGUUUUACUGCCCUAUUUCAAGAGUGCAAUAAACGGCGUUUAUAUGCCAGUCCAUGGGCCGUUUUCCAUCUUAACGGUUUUUGGUAGUGCGUGGACGCGGCGGAUACGUGAUUAGCAAACAUCGCGCCGCGCUUAUGGAAACACUACUGUUGAGAAUAACCACUGAAUGUACAUCUUUUAUUUUCUUUUAUGCCUUCGUUUCUCGCAUAUCGCCUCUAUGGCCGUUUUCCAUAUGCGCGGUUUUUGUUGCGGCGCGGGCGCGGAAAAAGGAUGCUCAUGUGGUAAUACUGUUAUUGAUAAACAUAAAAAUCUGCUCUUCUUUUUUGUUAAUGCGUCCUUUUGCGCUAUCGGCGCACGUGUUAAAACCUGCCCACAUGGAAAACUCUCCAUAGAGCAAUAAAACAGCUGUACGUUACUGUCGUUAAUACCGAGAUUAUAACAGUUAACUCCAGUUUUUACCCUCUGCAUAGUACGUGUUAAAAACAAAACAGAUUAUUAAAAACAAAACAGAUUAUAAGUGCCCCUAAUAGGUGGUUAUGGGGUUGAAAACUGCAUUUAAUGUACUUUGACAAAUUUUAAACAUCAAUUCGCUUAUUAUCGUUCUGAAAAUUAUUAAAAUGUGUCCAUUAAUUUCCAAUAUUUUAAGGUACGUAAUUGUACCCAUCGCACCCUCUGGCAGAAACCCUAGUUUGGAUCACCUGUCGUUUUGUAAUAUGCUCAAUAAGUAGCUAGGCCCAAUUGUAAAAACGAGCCAGCGUGGAACAAUGCUUAUUGUAUAGGCUGUAUUUUCUAGAACGUUUCAUUGUACGCAAUCUGAUUUUAAUGUCCGGAGGAAGCGGGUACCUGAGUGAUAUUUACAAAUGUUUAUUUGUUUUAUUUUUUAUAAAUAAAAUAUUAAAUUUAAA